GCCGAACGUAGGUCACGUAGGCCACGUCAUAGCCGAGCGCGUGACGACUCUCUAACCUUAAAUCUCACGUCGUACCGUACCGGAGCAUUUGCAAUGUGAUAACAUGUUCGGCAAAUUGAUUUCGGGCACGCUUCAAUUCCUGCCACGGGCCUCAAACCAACUUUUGUCUACGUCUGUGACCACACCUGUGGUGUGGAACCCAUGGGGUUUAACGUUUAUCAGAAACAGGAUGAGGUAUCACUUCCCUCAUCCCAAUGAAACAAAACGCAUAAAAAAACAUGGUUGGCUUGCGAGACUAUCAACGCCAAAUGGUAGAAAAAUUCUUCAGAGAAGAAUCUUAAAGGGCAAACAUGUAUUAGCCCAUUAAUCAUUAUUGUGUUAACCAUCUGACUGAUCACAUGUACGAAGAUAUAUAUAUUAAGAAAUAAAUGUUAUCGAUUUAAUAAA